UCGGCUCUUGGUCACUCGCGGACCUCAUUCCGCGUAGCUUUCCCCUUCUUCCCGGCAUUCCUGCUUCCGCUUUCUCACAGCUCUUUGCUUUUUCCACCUCUGAGGCGCUUCGCGCCCAGAGGUUCGGUGACGUCAUCUCUCUGCGCUGCGCGGACACCCGCCAGUGGAAGAAGGAACAGCUCCGCCGCCCUUCGCCUCUUUUGUUGGGCUGCUGCUCCUCCGGAAUCAUGGCGCCGUCACUGUGGAAGGGGCUGGUGGGCGUCGGCCUCUUUGCCCUAGCCCACGCGGCCUUUUCCGCUGCGCAGCAUCGUUCUUAUAUGCGAUUAACAGAAAAGGAAGAUGAAUCACUGCCAAUAGAUAUAGUUCUUCAGACACUUCUGGCCUUUGCAGUUACCUGUUAUGGUAUAGUUCAUAUUGCAGGAGAGUUUAAAGACAUGGAUGCCACUUCAGAACUAAAAAAUAAGACAUUUGACACAUUAAGGAAUCAUCCAUCAUUUUAUGUAUUUAAUCAUCGUGGUCGAGUACUGUUCCGGCCUUCGGAUACAACAAGCUCUUCAAAUCAAGAUGCAUUGUCCUCCAACACAUCUUUGAAGUUACGAAAACUUGAAUCACUGCGUCGUUAAGAUUUUUACAAAUUAUGAUAACAGGACAGGACACAGAGCUGGAAUAUUGGAGUUUGGGGUAUAAAACACUCCCCCCCAUCAUCAGUAUUUAUAUUAUAUUGAUCUUUCAGACCUAACUAAAAAAAGUCUAUGGCCCUUGUUUGUACACUGUUAAUCAGAUCAUUCAUGGAGUAUAAGUUAUCUGUGAAAUGAGUCUUUGAUCUUUCAUAGAGAGAAUUCUUUCUUUCCAUUUAAAACAAAUUCAUAUCUUUUGUAAAGUUACUGUUUUGAACACAUUUGAAAAAUGUUGAUGAUUUUGUAAUUAUUUAUUUUCUUAGAUUUCUUUUGCACUUGAGUUCUUAGGAUCCUUUUGGAAAUAAUGUGACUACUGCAUUUUGCAGCAUGAAUGAAAGUUAAAACGUCUUUGGUUCUUAAUGACAAAUUAACUUCUCUAAAGAGACCAAAAUGGUGGCUUAUCAGUUUUUCUUAUGCCCCCUAAAAAAUGGCUCUGCUUCAGCAGAUGCUUGCCAGUUUCUAAUUUCUCAUGACUUCUUGCCCCACCCCACUCCCAUAUACCUUCUAACAUCGACUGUCUUGUUUCAUCACUUCUCUGGGGUUCUGUGUGCAGUGAGCAACUCUUGUGUCAGAAAUUCUUUGUCAUAAAUAUAUUUAACAAAUUCAACUUGCUGUAAAGCUACUGUGUUCUCUUCAUUUCUCUGUCAAAGAUUUCCCCAAUUGAUUAUGUAGUUAAAGAAUAGUUGAAGAUAGACCAAAAAGACCAUUCAUGAUUUCAUUAAUUAUCCUGCCUGUGUAGAAGAAUAGUAAGCACUGAAGAAAACUGACUACUUGUCAUUAGCCAGUUUAACUUAUUCAGAGUCUCUGUUAUUUUAUUGCAUACUAAACUAGUGAAUUAGUAAAACUCAAGGAAACUUCUCAUCAAAGAUAGGCUUCAAAGGCAUUGGAACAAAUAUAUUUUAAAUAUUUGGAACUAGUAUCUUCAAUUAAAAACAAGAUCAUUUAAGAAACUUUUUCAGCUUUGGAUUUGUUAGCAGGCUGAGAGCUUUUCCAUCUUUGUUGGAUGCUGCUGAAGGUGAGGAUGAGGGGACAGAGUAGACUUUUUCUAGAAACAGUAAUUUUGGGUUUAGGGAAAUUUGGCUAGCUCUUUGAUCUGCAGGGAGCUUAGCAUUUCUUUGUAGAGCAGAUUGCUUUUGUUGAACUGUGCAGGCAAGGAAACAUUGCUUUUGUUGAGUCAUAUAGGUGCAAAGGGAAUAACUAUGCAGACUUGAAAAGCAAUAUGCUUUUGGCAAGAGUCAUAAGAUGUCCUUCUGCUUGAUGGCUUUUUUCCUCUUAGAAAUGAACCUCAGCUCUUCUGUUUUGCCUGGUAACAAACAGUCCUAAAGCAUGAGACUCUUUGGUCAUUGAGUUUUUACUGUUGUUUAGUUUUGUUUUGCCAACCCAGUCUGUCUGUGGAACACUGACUCUGAUCUCUAAGGAGAACAAUGUUAGAAAUCUGAUAGCCUGAGAUAAUGUAGAAAAGCGUGAAAAAUGGAAUCAGGGGUUAAUGUGGUGAUAAUUAAAUCAAAAUAUUGUAUGAGAAGCUCCUUCUAUCAGGCUUGUCUACCAUUUCUUCAGGUAUGACUUGAUUUGCAAGAGCCUCUUCUCUUUGAGGGCUGCCUUCCUUUUUUAUUAUUCGCAUACUUUCAGUGCAGCCAUUUAAAGGGUACAGUUCCGUGGUUUUGUAAUAUAGUCGCAAAGUUGUACAGCCACUACCAUAAUGAAUUUUAGAACAUUUCUAUCACCCCCAUGAGAAAUGCUGUACCUUUUAGUGGGCGCCUCUCAUAUCCCUCCACCUCCCAGCCCCAGGCAGCCGCUAAUCUACUAUCUGCCUCUAUAGAUUUGCCUAUUGUGGUCAUCUAAUAGGAAUGGAUUCGCACAAUGUCUGGUCUUUAGUGACUGGCUUCCCAAGUAGAGUUUUGUUCUAUGUGGAGUAAGAACUUCUCCCUUUGAGAACUGUGAUCAGUUUCUUAGUCAAUCUUAGGCCAAAUAGUUUUUCCUCAUAACCAAGCACUCAUGAUAUACUACUAUUUAUAAUAUUUUGGCUAGUCUCUAGAAUGGAUACUGAAUCUUUGCCCAGUCAGGAAAGUCCUGAUGCCCGAUAAUUUGGCAGAUAAUUGACAUUGUUUUCAGGUGUGUCUGACUUUGCUAGCAGCUUGUAUACCUCGGGCCAGGUGAGCUUUCCAAAUUUCUUCUUUAUAAUUUCCUCCAAUGGAUUCUGUUUUCUUUUUCAAGUAUGUAUCAUAGGACUAAAGGUGAUUUGGGUGCAUCGUAACAGUGCUAAAUGGAUUAAAUUCAGAAUUUUAUUUAUAAUAUUUUGAGACAGUUAUGACUACCUAGUGUAGUCCAAAAAAAAUGUAGUGGUGUGAGCUAGUUAAGCCUCCAGUUGACUGUGAUUUUAGUGACGUUCAGAAGUGUUUGCUAUUGAAGGCUCUCUAGAACAUAGGAAGAGACUUUUUAAUAACUAGGGAACCAGCCAAUGCUAUGGGCUAAUGGCCCAGCCACAGAAAAUGCAGAUCGGUGGACUGGAGACCAUGAUGCUCUGUAAUUCCCUAAUGAUUGUUUCCUAAGCACUGUGGCUUAUUUUUGAGUGGCAUGACAGCAUCCUCCUGGUUGUAUGUGGCCUGUUUCCAUGAUGUAUUGAGUAGUGUUGUUUGUUGUGAACAUCGAUGCCUGUAACACCAAGCUAAACACCUUCUUUUGGAUAUGUUUCCUCUCUUUAAAUGGCCUUGCCCUGUCCAAUAAAUAAAUGAUUGUCUCACCCUG